CUUUAAACUGGGCCGCACCUGCUCUGGUCAGACUGGUUUGGAGACACAGGUAAAGGGAGGGAGACUGAGAGGAAUACUCGCAGAGCCAGCAGGGAGCUGGGCAGCUCCUUCCCGGACACUGGGGACCCUCUACCUCUCUCCAGAUGGAAAAACUUUACUCCCUCCAGGGUGACAUGACCUUGCGGUAGACCCCAGAAGUGAAGCCCCAGGAUGACAGAACCCGAGACCCUGGCCCUGCUGGAAGUGAAGGGGCCGGAGGCCCUGGAGAAGAGCCCACCCCAGGCUUUGGUCCCCAAUGGCCGGAAGCUGGAAGGGGAAGAUGGGGUUGAGUCCCCUGGAGCUGAGUCCUCCAGAGCGGGAUCUUCAGCUGGGUCUCCCACAGCCGGAGAAGGGACGGAGGAUGGUCUAGACAGCACAGUAAGUGAGGCUGCCACCUUGCCCUGGGGGACUGGCCCCCAGCCCAGUGCCCCGUUCUCAGAUCCCCCUGGCUGGAGGAACAUUGAGCCUGAGCCCCUUAAGUCAGAGCCACCCACCAAGCUAGAGGAGUUGCCCGAAGAUGAUGCCAACCUGCUGCCCGAGAAGGUGGCCCGGGCCUUCGUGCCCAUCGACCUACAGUGCAUUGAGCGGCGGCCCCAGGAAGACCUCAUUGUGUGCUGUGAGGCCAGCGAGGGUGAGCGCCGCCAGACCUUCCUGCCCACCCGGGCCACCCACCCUGAGCCCCCGGAGCGCAAGUGGGCCGAGGCAGUGGUGAGGCCGCCUGGGUACUCCUGUGGGUGCUGCAGGGGACGUGGAGGCCAUGAGGGGCUGAGGGCCAUGGCCUCGGUGGGAGCCGCCCUCAUCCUCUUCCCCUGCCUGCUCUAUGGGGCAUAUGCCUUCCUGCCCUUCGAUGCCCCGCGCCUGCCGACCAUGAGUUCCCGCCUCAUCUACACGCUGCGCUGCGGGGUCUUUGCCACCUUCCCCAUUGUACUGGGGAUCCUGGUGUACGGGCUGAGCCUGUUGUGCUUUUCUGCCCUGCGGCCCUUUGCGGAGCCACGGCGGGAGGUGGAGAUCCACCGGCGAUACGUGGCCCAGUCGGUCCAGCUCUUCAUCCUCUACUUCUUCAACCUGGCCGUGCUUUCCACCUACCUGCCCCAAGACACCCUCAAACUGCUCCCUCUGCUCACUGGUCUCUUCGCCAUCUCCCGGCUGAUAUACUGGCUGACCUUUGCCGUGGGCCGCUCCUUCCGAGGCUUUGGCUACGGCCUGACAUUCCUGCCCCUGCUGUCCAUGCUGGUGUGGAACCUCUACUAUAUGUUCGUGGUGGAGCCCGAACGCAUGCUCACUGCCUCUGAGAGCCGCCUGGACUACCCUGACCACGCCCGCUCAGCCUCAGACUACAGGCCUCGCUCCUGGGGCUAAGCCGCCCCACCCCCUUGCUCCCAGCCCUGGUACCUGGGUGGGAUGAACCCACCUACUGCCCCGACCGGGGUCCCAUCCAAUCAGAGCCUGGACUGUCCCCUGCUCUCCAAGUUGGGGCACUCCCCUUCACCUUUGGAGCCUGGGACAAUUAGGCGGGAGGGACUCAGACAUUCUUUCAGGGAAAGAGGUGGACAGCCAUAUUCCUUAAGGAUGCUGAGGGCACAGGACCAGGAGCAGAGGCAUGGUUCCUUCCUGAGCAGCCUCCCACCACUGCCACUAGGGCCCACAAUGGCUGGACUCUGCUCCACUCUCCAGCCUCCUGUAAGGCAGCCAGCAGAGCCACAGCCAAAACUCUGACCAUUUCUGUGCUGGGUGUCCAAGCAGAGGGCCUCAAAGAGACUAGAAACCUUGCCCAUGCCUAAAGGUAAUGGCUGGCCAUCAGCUCAAAUAGGACGUUCACGUUUGGUGAAAACCUUCUUGGGGACCUGUAUUCAGGACCCUCCGUGACUGGCCAUAUAGGCUCUUGAGCCUCAGUCAAGUCAAUUACAGCUGUCCCAAUCCAGUGUGGCUGCCUCCUCCCUUCCAACCCUUUAGGUCCCUGUAACCUUGCACCUCCAAACUGCCCAGAAGUCAUACCUCUCUCAUGGGAAGAGGAGCAGACAGGGAAACCUGCCUCCCAAGAGGCGUGUGUGUGUUUGUGUGUGUGUUUGUGUGUGUGUGUGUGUGUGUGUGUGUGUGCGCGCGCGCGUGCGCACACACACCCACACCUGUGGUGGCUGGGAGUGGUUGGAAGACAUAGUGGUUGAUGUUAACCCCAUGUGAAUGUGUGUGUAACAAUAAACAACUACCACUGUC